AUGAGAUGGACGUGGCUCGUAGCGCUGCUGCUGGUGGGGCCGUGCUGGGGCCUGCCGCUGCUGGAGUGGGCGAUGCGGUGGGUGCCGCGGCUGCCGGAUACGCCACCGCUGCCUGUGGUGAUAUGGCAUGGGCUGGGCGACUCGGCGUAUGCGCCGUGGCUGCGUGACCUGAAGGCGGAGCUUGAGCUCACGUACCCCGGCAUGUAUGUGCAUCUUGUCGCGCUUGAGUCGCGGUCGAUGGCGGACCGCGCAGCGACGUUCGUGGGCGACGUGAAUGCGCAGGUGGCGCGCGUCGCCGAGCAGCUCGCGCAGGUGCCUGAGCUGCGGCAUGGUUUUGACGCCGUGGGCUUUUCGCAGGGCGGGCAGUUUUUGCGUGCGUACGUCGAGCGGUUUCAUGCGCCUGUGCGCCGCCUCAUCACGUUCGGGUCGCAGCACAUGGGCAUCACCGCGCUGCCCGGGUGUCGCGACGACGAUCGGCUGUGUGAGGCGGUCAUGCGGCACAUCGAGCAGGCGACGUACACGGACCAUGCGCAGACGCACAUGGUCGUGGCGCAGUACUUCCGCGACACGCGCACGCCGGAGCGCUUUGAGGAGUAUGUGGCGCACAGUCGCUUUCUGCGUGAUAUCAACAACGAGGGCGCCGCGAAGAAUGCGUCGUACAAGGAGGGCCUGCAGCGCCUCGAGCAGUUUGUCAUGGUGCGCUUUUCGGACGACACGACGGUGCGGCCGCCCGAGUCGGCGUGGUUUGGCGCGCACAGCGUGCCGGAGGCCGGGCAGCCGGCGCGGCCCGUGCCGCUGCGCCAGAGCGACGUGUACGUGCGCGACUGGCUCGGCCUGGCGGCGCUCGACAAGCGCGGCGCGCUGCGAUUCCACACGUGUGACGGCAUGCACAUGCAGCUGUCGCCGGCGUGCAAGGAGCUCGUCUUUGGACAGUACGUGGGGCGCCCGCGAUCGCCGGGCCGGUGGCUGGCUAUGAACGCUUGA